AUGGCUUCAAAUUCGAACAAUGAGAAAGAUAAAGAUAAAAUCUUUCCUUCUUUCACCGAACUUCGUGUUUAUCCAUCAUUUACUGAGAUUCGUGAAAAAUUUCAUGCACCUCAAAACUUCAAAAUGUAUUUUCCACGUGAGGUUUAUGAUCAAAUUGUCCAAGGAAGUCUCAAUGUCGAAGGAAUUGAUGUUCUCAGUCAAAAUAGUGUGACAAAAGCGAACAAUUUAGAAGGUCAAACAGUGUUUAUUCGUCGACCACAUGAAACACCAGUCGAAUGUCAAGUGAUUCGUGCAAAUGAUUUGUUAUUAAAAGAUGUCAAAACUGGAAGAUUCAUUCGUGCACAAAAUCACGAACUUGAAUAUGUACAUAUUCCUGAAGAAGAAGGAACUGAAGUAACAUUUGCUUUAAAUCAACCAGGCGAUGCAUUUCUUUCCUAUUUAAUCAAUGGAAUUAAUUGGUCAUCACGAUAUAAUCUUAAAGUUGAAUCAACAGACCAUUCGUUUGAAGCAUGGGCUGACAUUACGAAUAAUACGAAACGUGAUUAUCAAAUCAAACGUACGGAAUUAUUCGGUGGAGAUGUUCAUCUUCAACAUUCACAUCGAUCGGCACCUAUGAGACGCUGUUGUAUGAAAUCAUGUUGCUGCUGUGAUUGUCGUUCUGCUCCAUCUCCGUCAAUUCAAGCUGAAGGUGAAUUAGCCGGUAUUUAUUGGUAUUCCAUUGAUCAACCAUUUGUUCUUAUUCAACAAUCAACAUAUUCAUUACCAUUUGUUAAACCAGUGAUUAAAUUAGAAAAGUACGCCGGUUUACAGAAUUACUUUCAAGAACAAACACACAAAGGCAAAUUCCAAAGAAAAUAUCGUAUUGAAUCCGAUAGUUUUCUUCCCAAAGGCACGGUUACUAUCCGUGAAGAUGGUCGAGUCGUUGGGCAAGCUCAACUAACUGAUCUCUCUCAAGGUGAAAAACAAGAUUUAGAUUGCGGAGAUGAUCCCGAUGUAAGUUUUAAUCGUCAAGUGAAAGUCUUGUCACAAAAACGAGAAUCUGCAUCCUAUGAUAUUCAAUUAACCAUUCGAAAUGGUAAAUCCAAACCGGUCAAAUAUGAAUAUAAAGAAAUUAUUUCCUCCGCGAAGUUUACUACUAUUCCCAAAGGUGAUAAGCAAGAUAAAAUUGAAAGUAUCGGCGAAGGUCUACAAAUCAUCGGAGAAGAAUUACAAGCGAAUAGUGAACACAUUUUUCAAUAUGAAAUCUCACUUGAAUAUCGAAAUAAUCCAAAUCAAUAUUAA